AUGGAAUUAUUAUGUAGUAAAUUAAAUUUCUUAAAAAAAUUUUAUAAUUUUAGAAUAUUAGAAAAGUUUGAAAAUAUUCAUGCAUAUCUAGGAAGUUCUGUUAAGUUUGAAAAAAAUGACUUUUUAUUUAUUUUUAAAAUGGAUAAUAAUUUUGAGGUAAGCAAAUCUCAUGAUUUAUUUUUAAAGGAAAUUAGUAAGGAAAAAAAAUUCAGAAACUAUCAAAAUUAUCUUAAAAAUGUAUAUAUGUUUAAAGAAACAAAUGAUAAAUAUGUUGAUAUACAUAUGUAUACUAUAGAAAAAGAAAUAAAUAUAUACUUUUUAAAAAGAUAUUUUUUUUUUUCUACUAAUGGAAUUAGUUAUAUUAACAUUUUUAUUAACAAUUAUUAAAUUAACAUUCUAUAUAGCAAUUAUCUUCAUUUUAAUAUAUUAAAAGAAAUUAAUAUAGACAUUAAUGCCAUAAAGUAUAGUUUCAAAUUAAAACCUUAUAUAUUAAAAGCAAAUAAUAUAUUCAAUGAAAAAAUUAAAAAAAAAAAAUUACAUUAUAUAAGUUUAAAAUCAAAUGUGAUAUUUGAUGAAAGUAUAUUUAAUAUAAAUAGUUUUCUAAAAAAUAAAAUUAAAGCAAAAAGUUUAAAUACUCCUUAUUUAUAUGAUUUUAUAGAAAUUUUUAAGGCAUCAAUAUUUAAUAAUCCAUAUUAUUAUAAUUUUUUAACUUUUAGACAGAUUUAUGCCAUUUCAAGUAGGAAAAAUGUUGACUUUAUGAGAAAAAACAAAAUAUCUUUUGUAAAUUAUGACUUAAAUAGAUAUCAUAAAAACAUUAAUGAAAAAAAAAAUUUAUUUUAUUUAUUAAAUAAAGAAGAAACUAAUGAUUCUUUAUUUGAUUUAAAUUUAAAUACUAAUCCUCUUGAAUAUAAUAGUAGAGAUAUAAAAAAGGAAAUUUUAGUUAUAGAUUCUUCUAAUGCAAAUGUUAAAAAAAUUGUAAGUUGUGAGAAGAAAAAUAAUUUAAAAAAUAAUUCAAGAACAUCAAAAGUAUGUCAUCAUAUUAAUACAUAUGGUGUUUUUAAUUAUAAUAUAAAAAGUAAUAAGCAUAAUAAUGAAGAUAGAAAUUUAAAUAAAAAUGAUAAUGAUUUUAAUAGUCAGAUGAAUAAUAGUUAUUAUAUUUUAAAUAAUUAUAAAAACUCUUAUGAUUUAAGUAGCACUAUUGUUUUAAAUGAAUAUAACAAAAUAGAAAAUGGGAAUGAAGGUGUUAACGCAUUUUUAUUUUUUGUGAAAACUGAAUUAAACUCAAAAGGAAGAAAAUUAAUUAUUUUCAUUGAUAAUGUAAUGAUAAGAGGUGGUUCAUAUGGUUAUGAAGAACUUAAUCUUUUAAAAAAUAUUUUUGAUUUAAUCAUUAUAUAUAAAAUUCCUUUAGUUUACCUAACAAAUAACUUAGGAGCCGAUAUAAAAAUAUUUGAUAUUCUAAAAAACAACAUAAAAGUAAAAUAGAUAAAUGAAAAUAGAAAAAAUGAGGGCAUAGAAUACUUCUAUGUAGAGAAAGAUGAUUUUAAAAAAAUAAAAAAUGAUAUAAUUUGUGAAGAAAAAAUUGAAAAUAAUAACAAAAAGUUUAUUAUAAAAGGUAUCUUAGGUGAAAACAAUGAGUAUGGUUCUACAAAUUUAAAACUGUGUAGUAUUUUAAUUAAAAAGAUUUUAUUGGAUAGAGAAAAUUCCAUUUUAAUUUCUUUUGUUAGUAGCAGAUGUAUGGGAUUUUGUACGUCGCUUUUAGCUAUUUUUAAAAGGGUUAUUCAAAAAAAAAACUCAACAAUUUUAUUAUUAAGUAGUCAUAUGAUAAACAUUAUUACAAAAAAGCAUACACAUUUUAACAUAAAAAACAAAUAUGAAAAAGAAAACUUAUUAAUUAGUGGUGAUAGAAUAAUGAAAAAAGUUGAUUUUUCUAAAAUGGUUGUAGAUAAUGAUUAUGAUGGAAUAAUAAAUAUAUUAUCAUGGUUAAAUUAUACAAAAGAUUUGAACAAAGAAUUUCGUAGGAAAAAUUAUAAGGAUAAUAAUAUUUAUACUGAUGUUGUGAAUAGAAAAGUUAAAAAUUUAUUUUCAUCUCAUAGAAUUAUUGAUAAAAAUUCUAUCACAUUUUCUUUGAAUGAGAGCCUUAAAAUGAGAAGAUCAACAUUAGGAGGUAUUCCUGUGUCAUUUAUAUCUAUAAUGAAAAGUAAUAAAAGAAAAAAAAAAAAAAAAAAAUUAGAAAUUACUAAUUUUUCUACUAUAGAUAAUAUGAAUUCAUUAGAAAAUGAUACUAUAAAACUUAAAGAGGAUUAUUUAAACAUGAAGGGGAAAAAAAAUUGUAAUGAAGAAAAAAUGACAAUAAUAGCAAAACAUUUAUAUAAAUAUAAUAAUAUAUUAAGAAAGUUAGAAAAGGAAAAAAAAAAAAAAAAAAUUCUUGGGGGAAAAAAUAAUAACAAUGGAAAACUGUUAAGUAGUAAAGAAGCAAAAAGAAUAGUAAACUUUUUAGAGGUAAUAAAAGAAGAAAAUAUUCCUUUUUUUAUAAUUUUAGAUUUAAAUGGAAUUGAUACACGAUAAAAUGAAGUUGAAAAUGAUAUUUUAUCAAGUUGUAUAAGCAUAGUAAAAAAUAUAAUUAGUUUUAAUAAUAUAAUUUUUAUUUACAUUAUUAACGAUAGAGAAAAAUCAUUUUUAAGGGGAGCUGCUUAUGUUUUGUUUGAAAAAAUAUUAAAUUAAAACAUUGAAAUUUAAUAUAUUAACAACAGUGAAAGUAGUAUAAUAAGUGACGAAUGCAUUUAUGAACUAAAAUAUAACAAAACAAAUAUAAUAGAUUAUAUGAUUAAUAAUGAUGCUAUGAUAAUUAAUCUUCUAAAUGAAAAAAAAAAAACUGAUGAUAAGAAUAAAAUUACUAAAAUAAAUGAAAAAAUUGAAGAAUUAAAAAUAAAAAAUUUUCCUUUUUAUCUUAAAGCAUUUCAUAAAUUUAUAAAUUUACAUCAUAAUUCUAUUUGCUUAAAAAAUAAAAUGCUAGUUGAUGAUAUAGUGUAACUGGAAAAUUCUCGUACUUUUUUUUACAAUAAAUUAGUGAAUAAAUUAAAA